CCCAACAAAUCCACUGGCACUUCUCGUCAGUCGACGACCAAGAGACUCGUACGUACGUGCUGCUGACGUUCGACGACAAUCGCUAGCCGAAGUCAACGAUACUUUAAUAUUUCUCCUUUUUCUGUGUUAUAUAUACAUACAUAUAUAUGUGAACACACGUGCGAAACGAUACGUGGGACCGCCAAUUUUUUUUUUCAUUUUAUUUGUCAUAAAUUCUCAGGACUAGUGCUCGCCUCGUACUUCAUCUCAAGCUCAACUGAACUUCAAAGUGCUUCGCUCAAAUUAAACCUUCAAAUUUUUACUCCAUUUCACUAGUUUUGGCUACUCAGUAUUGUUUUUUUUUAUUUUUGCAUUUAAAACAAAUUUGUUUACAUAUGCAACACGUGUCUUUGACUUAUGAGUCUUCAGUGACAUUGAGGACUCCAAUAAAUAGAUAAAAAAAAAACGUAUUGUUUAAUUGGAGAGUUAAAAGGAUCAUUGACAAAUAAAUCGGCAUUAACUCUGUGGUUAAUAAAUAAAUUGUUUGGAAAUAGUGUUCUCAUAUUAUUAAAUAUAUAUCUACAAGAUUGUAUCGACUGGGAGAACUCGUAUCGCUGGAGAUCGAGGGGAAACUCGAGUGAUAAUAAUAAUAAUAAUAUAAUAUAUAUAUAAAAUAAAGUGGGAGAAAUAAUCGGUGGACAGCUGGUACCGGUUAACCAUCCGGUCUUUUUCAAACGACUAAAAAGAAGCUUCCAUGCGUUUCAUCAAUUAGUUUUGUUUAUAGAUAUUUAUUUAUUUAUUAUUAUUAUUAUUAUUAUUAUUGUUUUUUUAAAUAUUAUCAGUGAUAAUAAUAAACAAAUAAUCAGCCAUGUAUAAUUUAUUGCGAGGACUGAGCCAAUAUUUAAAAUGGCAGGAGGUUAAGACAGAUUCAAUGGUUUUUCGUAUGCACAAUAUUUUUACAACUGUAUUGUUGCUCACGUGCUCACUUAUAAUCACGGCCACCCAGUAUGUCGGUAAUCCGAUAUCCUGUAUAGUUGGCAAGGAUUUGCCUAACAAUGUUGUCAAUACAUUUUGUUGGAUUACUUCAACUUUUACUAUGCCUGAUGCAUUUAAUCGUCAGGUUGGCGUUGAAGUUGCACAUCCUGGUGUGUCAAAUGACUUUGGAGAUGUUGGAGCAAGGAAAUACUACACUUACUAUCAAUGGGUCUGCUUCGUUUUAUUUUUCCAGGCAAUGUUUUGCUACCUUCCGCACUGGCUUUGGAACAUUUGGGAGGGCGGUCUCGCCAGUACACUGGUUAUGGGUUUAAAUCAUGGUCUUGAUAGUGAAGAAACCAUUUGCAAGAAAAAAAAUACUCUAAUGGAUUAUUUAGUGACUCAUAUUAAGAGACACAAUAUGUACGUAUACCGUUAUUUUGUCUGUGAAGUAUUGUGUGUAAUAAACAUCUUCGUGCAAUUAUAUUUAAUGAAUCGUUUCUUUGACGGUGAAUUUAUGAGCUACGGUCUCCGAGUAUUGCAAUUUUCUGACACACCACAAGAAGAACGUGUCGAUCCAAUGGUAUACGUAUUUCCUCGAGUAACUAAAUGCAUAUUCCACAAAUAUGGUGCAUCCGGAACGAUUCAAACCCACGAUUCAUUAUGUAUUCUACCACUGAACAUCGUAAACGAGAAAACUUACAUCUUCAUCUGGUUUUGGUUCAUAAUUCUAUCAAUUUUCUUGGUCUGCCUGAUGAUCUACCGCGCAAGUUUAAUAUUCAUGCCUUCAGUACGACCUUACGUUUUAAAAUACUCCGGUCGUUUACUGUCUAUCGAAGUAUGUUCGAAUAUCAGUAAAAAACUUGAUCUCGGUGAUUGGUGGUUGCUUUAUAUUUUGCAAUCGAACAUGGACUCAUUGGUCUAUCGCGAAUUAUUAGAAGAACUCACUAAGAAAGUCGGCAAUCAUAUGUCGCAGCCAGUUAAUCAGUAGUUUAGUCAUAUAUAUUAUAUUUUAUUUAAUUUUCUUUAGUUAUUUAAAAAUUUAUUGAAAAGUAACCGAAUAAAAAAAAAUAUUUUUCAAAGAAUUUAAAAAUUUGCAAAACAUUUAAAUCACUUGUAAUUAAAAAGUUAAAAACGCGCCAAGAUCUGAAUAAAUUUAUAUGAUUUAAUUUUAUAAAUUAUACGAAUAAUAUAUAAUGACAAUUUUUAUGUGAUUACUGAUAUCUGUUAUAUAUGAUCUAUUGAUAUUAUUUUUAAAAAGACAAAUAUGAACAUAUUAUAAUAAUUAAGUAAUUAAUUAAAUUUAAAUAAUAUACAACAUAUCUAAUUACUAAAAUCUGUCAUAUAUGAUCAUAUAAAUGUUAUUACUACAUUUUUAAGUACGUAUAUAUGGUGACAUAUAUUUUUGUAUCAGUAUAUAUUUAAAAUUUAUAAAUUUGAUAAAAGUUUUACUACAAAAAUAUUUAAGCAGAAUUUAAUAAGACUAUAUCGAGUAUACGCAUGAGAUAUAUAUUUAGAUAAUAUAUAUUGGUAUUCAUAGAAUAUACAUAUAAAUGGAUGAAAAAAAUUGAAAUGCCUACUCAGAAUCAUCGAUGUCAUGUAUGUAUUUGUUUAUAUACUUUUAAUUUAAAUUUAAAUGGAAAUUUUAUUUAAAAGAAAUCGAUAAUUGAUUUCAUUAUACAUUGCUCAACUCUCACGACAUUUAUCUAUAAAUGUAUAUAUAUAUUUAUAUAUAUAUAUUUGAUUCUUCGGGGUUUAUCAAUAUUAAAUGUAACGUUUCUGAUAAAUAAAAAUGGCAAAUCAGUUUUGAAUAUUUUUUACAUGACAUAGGGAAACUGAGACUGAAAAUAAAAUUUAUUGACAUUUAAAUAAAUGGAUCAAAGCCAUGAGAUAAAAGGCUGUUUAUAAAAUAUAAAUUUUUUUCUUUAAAUGAGAUUUUAACUCUCUUUUCUAAUAUCGACAAUUUUUUAAAUUUAUCGUCUAAUCGAUAUUGUGAUACACUUUAAAGUAAUCGUUUUUUUAAAAUGAUUUAUUAUAAAAUUUUACAAAGAUUUUGAACAAUUGAAGAUUUUUUGAUAGUCCAGUGGUCCAAUAUGAUUUAAAUAAUGAGAUAAUUUGUAAGAUUUAGUGUUAAUUAAUUGAUUAAUUAAUUAUUAAGGAACAGAGAUGAUAAUUAAUGAAGAAUGUAUUGGUAUUAAUUAUUAUAGAUGU